CCGUACUUGGUCCAAAUAAAGUGGGCGGCAGUUCGUACAGGUCUGAAUAUGUUUUGGAGCAGAAUAUUGAACUUUGCUCUUGGUUGACGUUGGGCGACGAUCCCCAUUUUCGGGACGUUAUGAGUUUUGACAUUGAUUUGUGCUGCUGUUGGAAAAUUUGCAGUUAUUUUAUGAAAUUCAUCAAACCUUUCUAUAACAAACUUAGGGCGAUAGUAAUCUUCAUUUGUGAAAGAUGUUGCUGGUAUUGGAUAUCAAGAAUCUGUCGACGUUUCGUUAGGCCAAAAGCUUCCGAUGAAGAAAAUUCAGACGACUAUAUUCAUGUCGUCAGAGCCAAUGAACAACUACGAAAACAACGAGAUGUACUUGAGAGAGAGAAAAAUGAGUGCGAAAGAAAAAUUGAAGAGUUGACACAUAAAUUUGAUAUUGAAAGGCAAGCUUUAAUAAAUGAAACCCGGGUGAGUAACCAACGUUUAACCCAGAUUAAAGAAGACUUAAAAAGAGUAGAAGCCGAGAAACAGGAUGCACUUACAAGAUUAAGUGCCCUGAUGUCAACGAAACUGCGGGACAACAAUCCGAACAUAGCAGAUCUCAGUGACCAAUUCAGACCUACAAAACUGGCGGAGAUGUUCAGUGAACUGUACGACAACGAAUGGACGGACGCUUUCACGGCUGUAAACGGUGUUCUUACAGAGAGGCAAACUAUAACGUUCUUGCUGGACAUUCUUAUGGAUGCUUACUCCUUCUGUUCCCAAGAGCUGGACAAUUCAUGGCGUACGGUCUCCGACUGGUACCUCGAUGAUUCUUUGCCCAACGAGCAACAGAUAAAGAAACUUCUAAAAGACUCAAGAAAGGUCGUUGUUGUGAGGAUGACCAAGCGGAUUACAAAGAGAUACAAGGGCAAUCUUGAGUCGGUUUGUUAUAUCCAAACGUUACAUGCCACGCUGUCAACUGAGGUCCUGGUUAAAUAUGUCAUGCAGAGCGUUAAACUUUGCCUGCUAAUGUGCGCAAAUGACCCACCAGUCGUCAUUAGUUGUCCAGACCGUACUUCGACAGAACCUGCAAAUAACAUACAACAUGAUGCGGCAGAUAUAGCCUCUGGCAAAGUUGAGCAAUCUACCGCGGUAAUUUCACCAACUGAAACUCAGUUCGUUCAGGAAACUCUAGAACGGAAACAACAAGACUUUCAAAACAAUCUUGAAGAUAAAAUCAACGAAGAACAAUUCAACAACGAAGAACACUCAAUAUAUGCAGAGAACAAUGGCGCAGAUAACGAGCAGAUUAUUCGGGGCGAACUCAAAGCGGAUUCCAUUCAGACAAGUCAUGUAGUUUUAGACAUUGAAGGUAGUUCGGUUGAGCAUGGAUAUUUCAAUCGACUACUAUUUGAUCGGAACAUGUUCAAAGAGUAUACAACACGAGGUCCUUACUUGGAGUACAUCGUCUGGCCGGUGAUUUACCUGCACCGGGGAGGCCCCAUGUUGGGCAAAGGUGUGGCACAGGGGACACGGGGUGAUGUGGGCAGGUUGGAGGAAGAACAAUGGACAUGGAAGAAAGAUUACUAAUACUUAUGAAUUUGUCAAGCAUAUACUAAUGUUCUUUUUAACAUACCUUAGUUUGAGCUGUGCUAUACAAAUUAACAUGUAUUUUUUAUAGAAACUGCAAGCAAUUGUACAUUGAGGUAUGCUAUAAUCAUGUGGUAUAACAUUUGAAAAAAUUUCAUAAAAAUAUGAUGAUUAAACUACACUCUGCAUUUCAGAGAGUAUAAAUAUACAA